AUGGCUAAGAAACGCUGGGUGAAUGCAGGUAAAAGACGGAUAGGUCGCCGUCAGGCUGCCACGAAGAAACAAGAACCCAAAAGACGCUCACAAGGUAAUGAGUGUGAUAUAUGCCACCGAAUACUUUCCCUCUUGACGAUGUCCCUUGAUCUUAGAGGUGAUGUUCGACAUCAUCUCCAUCUUGGGUCUUCCAAACAGCUUCUGGACACAAAAUGCGAAAAUCACCUCAAGUUGAUUACCAGAUCUCUCAACAUUGACUUGGCUUCCUCUCAACUCAGUGGGAUUCGUAUUGAGGGAUUUAGAGGCCUUGAAUACAUACAGAUUUUCGCUCAGAAAGACCGGGAUUAUUAUUUCUUGAAGUCCGGAGAGUUGAGGCUCCUGCCUACACCCCGUUGCCCAUCAACUUGGUGGGGUAGAUAUGUCAAUCCGAAUUGGGUAGACUAUAGUCUUCCUCGGAGGUGGAAAGAGACGUGUCUUAAGACCCAUAAAUGUUCUUCUCUUCAGAACUUCGGCCACAUGGCUGCAGAGCAUCCUUCAUGGGUUGUUGAUACGUGGCUGCAAUGCCUCGUUCCGUGUUCGCCUUCAAUUGUAUACGUAGCCUUGAGCUAUGUAUGGGGUGGUAUCCCUUCCUUCAUGACUCUAAGGGAGAAUGUGGAUCAAUUGCAAAAGCCUUAUUCACUAGUCGAAGGCAAGACGAGUACUCCUGUACCGAGGACGAUACGACACGCGAUGUCCUUGGUUCAAAGGCUGGGAGAAAGGUAUCUAUGGGUAGACACGUUAUGUAUCGUCCAGGAUGACGAACAGAAGCUCCUUGAGAUCGCCAAAAUGGCCGCUAUCUACGCCAAUGCGAUGGUAACCAUUGUCGCUGCAGGCGGAGUAGAUGCGAACAGCGGUCUACGUGGGUUACAGGGGAUAUCUGAUCCAAGAUCGCUCAGGCAAACCGUCCACUCCCUAAGUCGAAAUGUAAAGGCCAUCGAGACAGACGGACCGAAAACCCUCAGAAACUUAACUACUUGGAGCACGAGAGGGUGGACAUUCCAAAGAAGAAUAAUUAAUUUCGAAAACGACUGGAUCGACUGGGCGUGCCAGGAAGAAGUUUGGAAGGAGCCUGGAAACGGCGGCGUUUCUAACCCCCGAAUAUUUGCUAGAGCCGUUCCCGAUAUAAGGCAGUUGAGUGCGAUCAUCAUGACAUACAACAGUAAAGACUUGACGUUUUCCGAAGAUGCCUUAUUUGCUUUUUCCGGGAUUGCUUCUGCGCUUAGUGGCACGUAUUAUGGUGGAUUCAUUUCAGUCCUAAGUCGAAGGACGCCCAGACGUUCUAGCGAUAAUGCCUGUCUUCCUUCUUGGAGUUGGGCAGGCUGGAGAGGCAGCAUAUGGUGCUGGACAGAGCUGACGGUAGAUCUUGCUAAGAAAUGCUCUACGAGGGGACAGGGAAUCUCUUCAGAGAGAGUGUCUCCAUUGGUUCGAUGGAGCUGGCUGGAAGAACAGAAUGGUGCGAGAACUCACAUACAAGACAACUGGUACGAGUAUGAAAAUAAGUUCUGGAAUAAUCUAGAAGACCCCUGUCCGAUGGGUUGGACUCGGCAUCGUAUAAUCGACCCUGAAUCUGUCCCUGGCUGGCAGGUUGCCAACCAGCCAGACUCGCAGGCGGAUGCGCUGUGUUACUACACUCAUGACUCUGAGCCAGGAUCAGAGUUCUGGUACCCUCUCCCAACAAGAAAAGCAGACCAACGUAUAGAACCUCAAAUAUUUGCUCCCCUUAUCACUUGCAAGACUAGGAGAGGGUGGUUACUAGCCGCGAAGGAGUUUGAAAAUCCCGGACGGAAACGAGGAAGCAUGAUAUCUCUUCGGGACCAAGCAGGCAACUGGGCAGGAGCCCUGCUGCUGCAUGAACCACUAUUUGAAGAAGCCAACCGGAAUACGGAUAAUCGGAUUAGGGUCGAGCUGGUAGAAAUCGCAUCCGGUAGCGUCCGUAACGACGCGCGGUAUCUCGAGCCCCUUAACCAGAUAUUAGAAGAAUGGGUUCUAGAUGAAAGACCAAAAGGCGGUCCCUGCUAUGAAUAUUAUUAUGUACUCUGGAUCGAGUGGAGAGAUGAGAUAGCGUAUAGGAAAGGUCUGGGGCGUGUCCAGAAGCAUGCGUGGGAGCUGCAGGACAGGGAAUGGAUUGACUUAGUGCUCGGGUAGCCUAAGUUAUCUCUUCGAGCACAGAAUCGCGAAUCUCUAGAUACACUUAUUCUCAUAAUUUCCCUAGAUAUUUCCUUACCCCCUGUUCGGACUAGUAGUUGAGGCUGUGAUGAUCUACGAAUCCCUAAU